UUGCAGCCUUCCUAGCUUUAAGUUCGCUCUUUUCAGAGGGAGGACUCUCCUGCCGCUGCAUAAAACACCCACGCCCAGAGAUCCACACGCGCAUACUUACCAACACACACUCCUCCCGAACCGUACCGAGGACCUUCGUCUGAAAACCCUUUACAGCCCAGAGCGUGGUGGUUGCCAAGACAUCAAGAUGGCAGCACAGGGACCCACAGGCAUGGCCAACAAAGGUCCAUCCUACGGACUGAGUCGCCAGGUGCAGGACAAGAUCGAUAAGAAGUAUGACCCUGAGCUCGAGCAGCGUCUGGUGGAGUGGAUCAUGGCCCAGUGCGGUUCUGGAGUGGGAAAGCCUGCAGAGGGCAAGCAGGGCUUCCAGGAUUGGCUGAAGGAUGGAUGUGUCCUGGGCGAGCUCAUCAACAGUCUCCACGAUGGAGAAAAGCCAAUAAAAAAGAUACAAAGCUCACCAAUGGCUUUUAAACAGAUGGAACAGGUGUCCCAGUUCCUCAACGCUGCAGAGGCGUAUGGCGUCACCAAAACCGACAUGUUUCAGACCGUCGAUCUCUGGGAAGGAAAAGACUUGGCUGCGGUGCAGAGAACAUUGAUGGCCCUUGGCAGCAUUGCAGUCACGAAGAAUGAUGGGACUUUCCGUGGUAAUCCUGACUGGUUCUUCAAAAAAGCUCAGGAGAACCGGAGAGACUUCUCUGAUGACCAGAUUAAAUCGGGAAAGAAUGUCAUCGGCCUGCAGAUGGGCUCCAACAAAGGGGCGUCCCAAGCUGGCAUGACAGGCUACGGUAGACCCAGACAGAUCCUGAACCCUUAAAUCCACUCGUUUCUAAUCCCCGCCCAUCCCUUUUUCCACUUCCUUUACCACUUUAAACAUGCGCCAAAGUCUUAAAUCUACCACAGCGACAGUAUAAAAGACAGCAAACGGGACAUACACACUCAUGCACACGUACACUUCUCACACAAAAUCAGAAACAUUUUCUGUUGUACAUCUGUGACAAGUUAACAAAUUGAACGGAUUCCCAAAACACGGCACACGAACGAUUUGAUAACGUUUGGCUUUUGUCCUGAUGUUCUGAGCGAGUCAGGUACCAAUCAAAUAAAGGAGGUAACCGCCUGACAGAAGAUUCUGUGAUGAUGAACUUAUUCAAGAAAACCUGUACUUAAAGUUCUAUGCAAAUAAAAGUAUGCUAAAACAA